UCCUCUUAUUGUCCAAGUUCGUGUUUGCUAACUAACAAGAGAGAAACCAAAAACCCUAAGUUUUAAGGAAUCUUAAAAAUGGUACACUCGAGGAAGUUCCGAGGUGUCCGCCAACGACAAUGGGGUUCUUGGGUCUCUGAGAUUCGCCAUCCUCUUUUGAAGAGAAGAGUAUGGCUUGGAACAUUCGAAACGGCAGAAGCGGCUGCGAGAGCUUACGACCAAGCGGCUCUUCUCAUGAACGGUCAGAACGCUAAGACCAAUUUCCCUGUCGUAAAAUCUGAGGAAGGCUCCGAUCACGUUAAAGACGUAAACUCUACGUUAAUGUCGCCCAAGUCGUUAUCUGAGCUCUUGAACGCCAAGCUGAGGAAGAGUUGCAAAGACCUAACGCCGUCUUUGACAUGUCUCCGUCUAGACACGGACAGUUCCCACAUCGGAGUUUGGCAGAAACGGGCCGGGUCGAAAACGAGUCCGACUUGGGUGAUGCGCCUGGAACUCGGGACCGUAGCUAAUGAAAGUGCGGUUGACUUGGGGAUGAAUACAAAGAAACAAACCGUCGAGAAAGAAGAAGAGGAAGAAGAAACUAUUAGUGAUGAGGAUCAGUUAGCUAUGGAGAUGAUCGAGGAGUUGCUGAAUUGGAGUUGACUUUGACCUUGGCACUUGGAUGUCUCAAAAGCGAGUAAAAAGGGUUUUCUUCAUUAUCA